UCUGAUGAGGAAAGUCCGUUGCUGCCAAAGAAAUCCCCAACCGAUAAUGAUGUAUUGGUCGAGGAAUUGGCUUAUCAGCUUCACAAUCACCCACAUUAUCAUCUUCAUGUCCCAGCCACGGAAUUCGAUAAUCCUCUUAGCAAGACGGGAACAACGAACAAAACUUUGAGCAGCGCCGAAUUACAGGAGCUGUUGGAAUAUUUCGAUCCUUUGUAUCCUCGAAAAAUUGGUGCUUGA